GUUGCUGUCCUUCCCAGUCGGUUCCUCGCUUUCUCCCUCGUUGCACUCAAGGUUCUUGGUCUGAAAAAUAAAAAUUCUCGCGCCGAAGGGGUCAACCAGCCCAGUUCAGCUCGUCGCCACCUGCUCCCUCCUCCUUUGAUGGCGAAGCCAUGUUACUGAGGCAAUACGGCUCCCUCUAGCAAACCUAGGGCCGUGUAGUGCCCGUCCACAUUUCUGAUGGUGUCUGCCUCCGCGCACAAAAAUGAAAUGGGCAUCACUGCCAACGCCGACGGCCAGAAAGGCCCGCGCAUCUACAUUUUCCCGCCUGACCCCAUCAGUGCCGACCCAACUCCACCACCACGCGCACGCCUCGCGCCCCUUCUCGUUUCCUGCCGCUCCGCUGCCGCGCCGCUGCUGUUUCACCCCUACUCCACACUGGCAUCAAUUGGACGAAAGAGGAGCAAGAGAGAGGGCCACGGUGUGUACGGGUGUUUGCGAGGGGGCGCUCCAGUCCCGCACGGCGAACAACAGGCCGUGAUGAAAAAAAUCCGCCGCAGGAUCAAGGGGAUAAUCAAACCAUCCCCCUCCUCCCCUCAGCAGCAGCAGCAGAAGGAGAACGAAGGCAUGUCUCUCUCGGAAAACCCAGAGGUCAGUCCUAUGCCGCCGCUGCCGCCCGCAGCGCAGGGAGUGACAGCGGGUAGCGGCGACGUGGAGGGCGGCGGUAGCGCCGGGUGUGGCGGCGGGGGUGCAGACGGCGAUGCUGAAAACGUUGGGGGUGACAGGGACCCCAUGAAGACGGACUCGGCCGUGGCGAGCCAGGAGGAGAAGGAGGGAACGGAGAGCAUGGACGUGUCGCCUCCGUUGCCCUCGAGCGCCAACAAGAAGAGAGUUCCCAUCGUCAACAACCCGGAUGAGUUCGCCAGCUUCGGGCAGGGCGGGGACGCAGAGAUUCCGUCCCCGGCCGUCCCCAAGUCCGACGAGGCGCGGGCGGCGCUGUCGAACGCCCUGAGGGAGCACUUCCUCUUCGCGCAGCUCGCGCCCACCGACCUCUCCGCGUGCGUGGACGUGAUGGGGCUGCUGGAGGUGUCGGCGGGGCAGGACAUCGUGGUGCAGGGGGAACGGGGAUCGCGGUUCUUCGUCAUGGAGUCUGGGUCUGCCGAGGCGUACGUCAACGGGGAGCGGGUGUGCGGGUACGGUCCCGGCGGCUCGUUCGGCGAGCUCGCCCUCAUGUACAACUGCGAGAGAGCGGCGACAGUUAGGGCCACGUCGGACAGCCGGCUGUGGACGAUGGACCUGUCCACCUUCCGCCGCACCCUGGCCACCACGGCGUCGAGCCAGAUCUUGUCGCGGUGCGAGUUCUUGCGGAAGGUGCCAUUCCUGGCGGAGCUUACCAACGAGCAGGUGAACAAGCUGGCGGACGCGCUGGAGGUGAAGGAGUUCCUCCAGGACGAGUACAUCAUCCGUCAAGGGCAACAAGGGGAAGACUUCUUCUUGAUCGAGGAAGGGGUGGUGUCCUGCACUCAGGCCAAGAGUGCCACGGACCCGACGGAGAUGUCGCUCCUCACGCUGGGGCCCGGGGAGUACUUCGGGGAGAUGGCGCUCAUGCUGGAUGAGCCGAGGGCGGCCAACUGCAUUGCCGUGCAGGGAAAUGUGAAGUGCCUUUCGCUGGACAGGACUAGGUUCUCGAACCUCCUGGGGCCGAUCUACAGCAUCCUGCAGCAGAACAUGCGACUGCGUAUCCUCAAGGGGGUGCCGCUGCUUUCCAAGCUCACUGACGACGAGCUUUGCCGAGUGGCGGGAGCAUUGUGCGUGCAAUCGUUCGACGAGGGAGACUACAUCAUCCGCCAGGGGGAGGAGGGGACGAGAUUCUUCAUCAUCAACGACGGGGAGGUGAGGUGCACCUGCAACGUGCCGGGCACAGGCGAGGAGCGCGAGAUCAUGCGCCUGGGCAAGUCGGAGUUCUUCGGCGAGCGCGCCCUCCUCAAGAACGAGCCCAGAGCCGCCAACGUCAUCGGGGUAGGCUAUGUGGACUGCCUGGUGCUGGAGCGAGCGGACUUCAUCAACCUCCUCGGGCCUCUCCAACCGAUACUGGAGCGGGAGGCGGAGAAGCGCGGUCAGGUGGGAGAGCUUAUCGUAGGCCCCGCGAAGGCGAAGGGUCCGUCGGUGAGCCUCUCUGACCUGGUGAAGGUGAAGACCCUUGGCACGGGCACGUUCGGAAGGGUCAAGCUCGUUCAGCACAGGAAGACCAAGCAGGUGUUCGCCAUGAAGUGCAUGCAGAAGGCGCACAUCGCCAAGUCUCACCAGUCCCGCAACAUCAUGAACGAGAAGAACAUCCUGAUGGCCUGCGACCACGCCUUCAUCCUGGACCUCCUGUGCACGUACAACACCGCCAACGAGCUCCUCAUGCUCACGGAGCUGCUGCUUGGUGGCGAGCUUUGGUCGUAUAUCUACGAGAGGCACACCCCCAUCACCAAGACCGGCCUGGGGGGUUUCUCUUUGAGCGUGGCGUCCUUCUUCUGCGGGUGCGUGGUCCUGCCCCUGCAGUAUCUUCACCAGAUGUCGGUGGCUUACCGCGACCUCAAGCCGGAGAACCUCUUGCUCGGCCAAGACGGUUACCUUAAGGUGAUCGACUUCGGGUUCGCCAAGCGCAUCCCCUUCAAGAAGGACAACACGGUGCAGACCAAGUCCUUCACGCUGUGCGGGACGCCCGACUACCUCGCCCCCGAGCUGGUGCUGUCCCGCGGCCACGACAAGGCCGUCGACUACUGGGCCCUCGGCUGCUUCCUGUACGAGCUCCUGUGCGGCAGGACCCCCUUCACGGACCCAAGGCAGGCGGAGAUCUUCAAGAAGGCCAUCCGCAGCGAGCGGUUCUUGGCGUUCCCUGCUGGCUUUCCCGCAACGGCCCAGGACCUCAUCAGACGUCUACUCACCCCAAACGCCACCUACCGCCUGGGAAACCUCAGCGGGGGCAUCCAGGACAUUAUGUCGCACCCCAUGUUCAACGAGGUCGGCUUCGACUGGCGAGAGCUCUACGCCAAGCGCAUGGCCCCGCCGCACAAGCCAAAGGUCCGAACUGCUUUGGACACAUCCAACUUCGAGGCGGUGAGCGAGGAGGACAAGGUCUUGGCCUACACCGGGCCCCAAAAGCUCUUCGAAGGUUUCUAAUGUAGCUCUCGUCUAUGUUUGGUGUUCUUUUAUCCAACUAGCAGAACGUUUUUUUACUACUUUCUGAAGACUUUUCUGGCUGGCGGCAGCAACGAGAGAAGCCUCCCGCGGCACGACGUGGCUUCCGUCUAUCUCCCCUUGGUGGAUGGCCUCAAUCGGUGAUGCGGGCGAGACGAUAGGAUUAAAUCCCCCAUGCGUUCGCCCUUCCUGUCUUGGCCUUCUGUCGGCCAACGACGCUGAUUGCCUCUUGCUGUGGGAGAGGUAUUUUCUCCAUGCGGUUGUGUUCCCUCGGCACCGGCAGCAGCUACCGUCGUCGUUUUGGUGCUCGCACGCUAGUAACCCCUCAUCCCUACCCUUGCGGCUGAGGCUAGGGAGGGUGUUAAGUCAUGCUUGCGUUAGUUAAGUGUGAGUUGCUGUGCGCGUGUUUGUUUUUGUGUGGAUCUGAGCGUUGCUGCCUCAGUUCCUCCGCUUCUGUCGACAUGUCAAUCUAGCGUCCGUAGGUCUAACUAUGGCCACCCGAGCGAUUGGUUCGUGUAUAGUGGCCUCGCGGAUAGUUAUUCCGAUUAUUAUACACUACAGUACUUAGUUCGUGGGCAUGUCUAUUACCCGCACACGGCCGGCUGUUCUAGCUCGCUGUGGGCCUGAACUGAAGAAGAAAGCCUCGCCUCACUUCACGGAGCACGGUCGCUCUUUCGGUCUGUGUGGGGUCUAGAGCAGCAGUUAGGGAAGGGGGGGGAUCGCAAGAUCUAGCCGCCGCCGGCGACCGCGGGAGGCACAAGACGUUCGCCUGUCUGUAGUCUGUUCAUGGUAGUGCAAGGAGGGUAAGGUAGCGAUGGUUUGUUGCGAAGCGGCACGACAAAGUAUAAACGUAUCACCACAAAUGGGCGUCAGACUCUGGGUGGGGCUGGCUCCACCCUGCCGCCGCGAUGGUGGUCGAUUGUUUUGUUGUUGGCGUUGCCGUCAGAGUUGGAGCGGCCGUUGGUUUCCCAUGAAGCUGGGUAUUGGGUGUCGCAGGUUGGUCUUGAUCAAACUGGUUCACCAAGCCGGCUUUCCGGCUGUUGAAUCGAACAGCUUCUCGAUACACUCCGUCGCUUACCCGAUUCUCGCUCAGGGGUAGAAUAGUCGCGGAGUGGAUGCGGUUCAGGGCUAGCCCCUCCGCACGCUUAAUGUUGCCCCCGUUGCCCAAGGUGGAGUAGCCCAUUUAGCGCGAUUUUUUGUUGCCUGUUGGUGCUGGGACGUUGGUACGUUGAUUUCGUGGGGGUUGUGGUGGCCCGCCCCCUGUCCCCUCGCACGCGAUGUGAAGGGAAUGUUGUGCUUGUGCGUUUUUUUUUUAUCCAUGGUCGAGCUGCGGAGAGAGAAGGUGCGCUGGCGUGAGAUAAAGUCGAUUUAUUGCUGUAGGAUUGAUGCCCAGGUGAGAGAAAAUGAGACUAGGGUAGGCUAGGCUGGUUUAUAUCGUGUUGAANGGGGGGGGGGGGGGGGGGGGGGGGGGGGGGGGGGGGGGGGGGGGGUUGUUAAGGGAGGGCGUGGCGUUGUGGUUUGCGCCGUUCCCCGCGCUGCUUGCCUGUGGAGAGCGGCGGAAUCGCUGGUCAGGAUGUCCUUGAACAGGCUUUUUGCUCGCAAUCUGGCUCCGCGUUGUGGCAAGAUAGGGGGGACGGAGAGACGCGACGCACGAACCCAUGGAAGUUUGGUUAGUUGGAGUGGCGGGGAUAGGUGAUGCGCUCUACGCUGUUGCGCAGGAAUGAAGUUUUCACUUGUCAUGCCUCUUGCAGAGGACGCGCAAGCAAAGGCGGGGACGUGUUCUUCCCUUUGCCAUUGGUGAGCUGGUAACAUGUUUUGUAGAGAGCCGAGGGAGCCGGUACAAUAGUGGGGGCAAUAAUGGCGGGGCUCCGCCGAAACUUUUGGGAAGCAGAAGAAGUACAGUAGAGGUUCCUGUUGAGUGCCGGUUGAAUAGUGCCGGUU